AUGUUGUUCCGCUCAGUUGUGUCCGGCCUUGCCGCGACGGUCUUCAGUGCCACUUUCGCCAACGCCUUCUCAAACCCGGGUGCCUGCUCUGGCAACUGCUGGUCUCACGAUCCCAAUGUGAUCCGUCGUGAGUCUGAUGGCGUCUAUUUCCGCUUCGACACUGGAUCCGAGAUCAGCACCAUGAAGGCCGAUAGCCUCACUGGUCCUUGGACAGCCCAGGGUAGUGCUCUUCCCGGAGGCAGCACUAUCGAUCUUGCUGGCAACACCGAUCUUUGGGCCCCAGAAGUCCACUACAUUGACGGCACAUACUACUUGUACUAUGCUGUCUCCGCCUUUGGCUCUCAGGCAUCUGAAAUCGGUUACGCCACCUCCGCCACAAUGGAAGUCGGUUCGUGGACCGACCACGGCAGCACCGGUGUCAAGUCCGUCAAGGGCAGCCCGUACAAUGCUAUUGACCCUAACCUGGUCGCUGUUGGAUCGUCUUACGUUAUGAACUUUGGCUCUUUCUGGGGUGACAUUUACCAGGUUGCUAUGGAUAGCCCUACGAAGGCAUCCUCUGGCGCUACCUACCAAGUCCAGUUCAACUCGUCCGGGUCGCACGCCGCCGAGGGAUCGUUCAUGUACUACCGCUCAGGCUACUACUACCUCCUGUGGAGUGCUGGUACCUGCUGUGGCUUCGACACCAGCAAGCCCGCCGCUGGUAACGAGUACGCCAUCAAGGUUUGCCGCAGCACCAAGGCUACCGGUGGCUUCGUCGACCAGACCGGCAAAAGUUGCACCGCCGGUGGUGGCACCACUCUUCUGUCCAGCCACGGCUACGUCUAUGGUCCUGGUGGCCAGGGUAUCUUUGCUGACCCCACGCACGGCACCGUCCUUUACUACCACUAUGCCAACACCAACAUUGGCCUUGCUGAUAGCCAGUUCCAGUUCGGCUGGAACACUCUUACCUGGUCGGGCGGCUGGCCAUCCGUUUAA